AUGCUGGUCGCUACACGGAAAGUCUUUUCAGCUGUUCGCACUCAUUCUCGAUCGGCGCACAUCCCUGCCAAGAACGUGCAUCUCACCUUUCCAACUGCUUUUCCGCCAAUCGUCCCUGCUCGGCGAUCCCUUAGCACCAGCUUUCCAGCCAUGUUCGCCCUGACACCCUUCCGUGGCGCUCCCGGCAGUGCGCCCCCAAAGACUUUUUCCAGGCAAGGAGAACUGCCACGUCUGCCAGUUCCAACCUUGGAAGAGACUUUCCCUAGGUACCUCAAGUCUCUUGAACCGGUCUUGAGGCAAAAGGAAGAGCUCGGCCAGCUCGCUUCCGGCGCCACUGCUGCGAGCGAGCUGCAAAAGCGCGCCGAAUGGGCUCAAGAGGCCAUGAAGGAGGGCAGUCUAGCUAGAAAGCUGCAGCAGCGUCUCAUUGGUGAGUGACGGAGCUUGAUAAGCUGGGCGCGCUUGGUGCGAGCGCAGCCCCCAAAUGUCAAUCUGACUUUAAUGACCUUCCUGUUGCGCUCGACGCAGAUGUGGACCGCACAACGCCAGACAAUUGGCUGGACGAUCGAUACUGGCUGCAAAAAGCUUACCACGAAUGGCGCGUCCCGCUACUGGUCAACUCGAACUGGUGGCUCAUGUUCCGCGCAGAUCCGAACACACCAGCUGCAGAUUUGGAGCUGGGCAAAGUGCAGCCGGAGAGGUAUGGAGCGCUGACUCCUUCUGAGGAUUUCAGCGUUGCGCUCGGAGCGAAAGAGUGGAAGGGGCAGCAGUGGGGCAUCAGAAGAGCGACCUGGAUCACUGGCAGACUGCUGGAGUUCAAGAGGAGGCUCGAUCAGUGAGUUUUUUCACCCUUCCCUUGCAUUCGAGACUAAGCGCGUACGGCGAGCAUUGCCGCCUUUGGAAGCUUUCGCUGAGCUUGGUGCUUCAUUGCCUGUCUCAUUGCAGUCAAGAGAUUAUGCCAGACGCAUCUAGAUCGAGUGCUUUCUGCAUGCACCAGUAUACGCGGUGAGCAGAGCCUGUUGCAUUCCACCUGAGCUUUUGCACGCCUGCUUAUGUGAAGAUCAUCCCCUCAGCUUGUUCGGUGUCUCCCGCAUUCCUGCCAUUCCCCACGAUUGGAAUACAGCGACGCCGCAUCCCACAGUGGCUCGCCACGUUUGCGUCAUGGCACGAAACAACUUCUAUCAAGUGGAAGUGCUUGGCCAGGAUGGUGUUACUCGGCCCUUGGAAGAGAUAGAGAAGGCGUUCUCGGACAUUGUGGAGGACGCCAAGAAGGCGGACGGAGACGCAGUUGGCAUCCUCACCGCCGACGAUCGGGACACUUGGGCAAGGGUGAGUAGACUUGUAUUGACCUUGCUUCAAGCGCAAGCUCAUCGAAUUUUGUCAUUCGUCUAGGCCCGUGAACAUCUCCUUGCCAUUUCAAAGGUCAACCGAGCCACCCUUGGUGCCUUGGAAGACUGCUUGUUUGUGGUUUCUUUAGACUCGUCAGUGCUGCCAAACGUGUCAGGACACCCUGAGCCUGUGACGACUGCGACUCCAGCAUCCGUAGAUGCGCACGCGCGCAACAUUGCCGGCGCUGGCCGAGGGGGCCACAACAGAUGGUUCGACAAGGCACUCAGCGUUGUGAUGGAGCCUAACGGUCGAGGUGGUAUCAAUGGCGAGCACUCGCCCUGCGACGCCCUGAUUCCCAGCAUUGUCAUCGACUUCGCCCUCGCUGAGCCAGCUCCCCAGCCUGAUCAACCUUUCCCGAACUCCAUUGCACCUGCUGGACCUGCUGGCGCGACUGCGUCAUGGAAGAAGCUGCAGUGGGAGCUGGACGAUAAGGCGCACGCUUCCAUUGCGAGCUCUGCCGCUGCGGCCAGACAAUUGGUCAGCACGAGCGACAUUGGCAUGUUGUGGUACGACGAAUACGGAGCGGAAUGGAUCAAGAAGGUGGCCAAGCAGAGUCCAGACGCCUUCCUCCAAAUGGCACUGCAACUUGCUUACGCCAACGUGAAAGGGUAUCAGAGUCCUACGUACGAGACCGCCAGCACACGCGUCUUCAAACACGGCAGGACAGACGUGAUCAGAAGCUUCAGCAACGAGGCGUACGAAUUCGUCCGCGCGGUGCGGGAAAAGAAGCCGGUGAGUCGAAGGUGAUGCGUGUCCAAUCACAUCAAGGUGCAUCUGGCGCUGAGUGCAGGCAUGCUCCUCGUUCGCCACUAGGCGUCGGAGAUCUACAGACUUCUCUCGGCUGCCUGCCAGUCCCACAACGCACAAACCAGGGCCGCAUCGACUGGCAAAGGUUUUGAUAGACAUUUGACUGGUCUGCGACUAGCGUACAAUCCAGAGGAGGAUGGAACUCCUGAAGAGGCUUGCGAAGCCGGGGCGCGCAUCCUGCUUGGCGAUGAAUUGCUCGGCGAAAGUCAGACCUGGAAGUUGUCCACAUCCGGUCUCAGCAGCGGCUUGAGAUUCUGCGGAACCGGCUUUGGGUCCGGCUUCGAAGAUGGCGUGGGCACCAACUACCUCGCUGGUGGCCAAUUAUUAAAGUUUGGACUGGAGACCAAGCACUCUCCAAUGAACGCUAAAGACCCGACAGCCACUUUUGCCAAGGCUCUUGUCGAUGCGCUCAGGUCGAUGAAAGAAAUUUGCGAAAAGGAGGCGCCCGCCGCGACGGAAGGUGAGACCAAAGGCAAGCUUUGA